AUGAAGGUCUCUGAAGAUCUCACCCAACAGACACAGCAACCGACAUGGUCCAACACCAACAAUACCAACCGUGUGACUCUCAACAACAACCCAUUAUUGUCUUCUCCCACCAAUUCCAAUGAAAGUGUGAGUCCACUCUCAACGGAACCUCUUUGUGUUUCGUCUGCAUGUUCGAUUCAUGACUUGCCACCUCCAUUAUCCAUUCCGUACCUUCCAACACUGAUGCAAGCAACAUCACAAAACAUUUCGUCUUUUUCUACCUGUUCACAAAUUCAGUUAUUGCAUCAGAAUGCAACAGCACCUGGUGAAGUAUUGGUUGUGUCGGAAAAUGAAACACUGUCUCAAAUUAAUUGUAUCUCAGGUCAAGAAAUUUCGAACGCAAUUCAAAUGGAGGCAGACGCCUCCCAGGAAGACUCAUUUGGAAUUAUCGAUUUUCCAAUGACAUAUGAACGUUCGAACCAUGUUAAUGACAUGCAAUACGUGACACAGAAAAAAGUGAAUAGUGACAGUCUGUCACUCCUCAUGAUGCAACAUUUACCACCUUGUUGCAUUCAAUUCGGAAAAUGUUCAACCAUCACUUGUUCCAUUUGUAUUUCACUCUUGAUAGCUCUGGCAUGCAUUGCUUUCUUUGUCGUCAGUGUUUAUAUUUAUGUUCGAGUCGAUGUUGGCAAUUUUAAUAUUCCAAGAAGAGGAACCUUAUUGACCAUACAGUGCAAUGAAACCACAGCGCUUUGUAGAGGAGUAAUACGAAUAGAUGCUUCUUCCACUGGUGAUCAAACACAACCACCACCUCCUGACAACGGUGUGGAUGACAAACCAAUAGUUGGAAUAUUUGAAAUCUCAAAUACUGUUCUGGAUGGAAAGACAGUAACCAGUGAAGACGAAUAUCCAUACGACUGCAAUGUUUGGAAUGAUGCAAAACGAGGAAUAUAUUCCAUAUCAUGCUAUUUCAAUAAGAAUCUGUCGAAAAUGACGUUGUAUCCAGUAGUGAAUUUUGAUGAUCAAGCUCUAUUGAUAAGUUCUUGUGUCAUGAUUGUGUUUAUACCGUUAUUGUGUUUGUUACAGAAUUUGCUUGUGAUUCGAUGGCUUUGUUGUGGUAAUAUUCAUUGUAAUAAGAAUAAACAAAAUUACUCUUCCUCUUAA